AUAAUGAGUGUUACAGAAGAAGAAUUACGUGGCAAACCUGUCUGCUUGAUUAUAUUGGGUAUGGCUGGUUCAGGCAAAACAACAUUUGUCAAUAAACUGACGGAGUAUUUAACAACUACAUCGAACUUACCGUAUACAAUUAAUUUAGAUCCAGCUGUUCAUCAUAUCCCUUAUAGUCCUAAUAUUGAUAUUCGUGAUACUGUCAAAUUUAAAGAAGUUAUGAAACAAUACGGUUAUGGUCCAAAUGGUGCUAUUAUGACAUCAUUGAAUUUUUUCGCUUCACAAUUUCAUAAAGUUGUGGAUUUAAUCAAUAAUCAUAAGAAUAGUAAUUCAAGUAAAGUCUCCUAUGCCGUCAUCGAUACACCUGGACAAAUUGAAGUAUUCACAUGGUCUGCUUCAGGAGCAAUUAUUACAGAAUUACUAGGUAAUUCUUUUCCUACAAUAAUUAUCUAUGUAAUGGAUACACCAAGAAGUCAUAAUCCUAUUACAUUCAUGUCAAAUAUGCUUUAUGCAUGUAGUGUUCUAUAUAAAAUGCGUCUUCCGUUUAUACUGGUCCUUAACAAGACUGAUGUUAUCGACUGUGAUUUUGCUAUUGAGUGGAUGCGAGAUUUUGAAGCCUUUCAAGACGCUUUAGCUGGUCAUAAUAAUCAAUCAGAGGAUGGACGACCAUCGGAAUUAUUAGCUGACGGAGAUGGUGCAUCAUUUCAUAAUCCUGGAGUAUCACCAUAUAUGAAUAGUCUAGUUCAUUCCAUGUCGUUAGUACUGGAUGAAUUUUAUCGAGAUCUACGCUGUUGUGGUAUCUCUUCAAUAACAGGUGAAGGUAUGGCAAAGUUUAUGGAGAAAAUUAAUGAAGCUACGGAGGAAUAUUUUAAGAUCAAUCUUCCGAGUAUAUUGGCCAAACAAGAGAAGUGUAAACAACAAAUGAAAGAAGGUCAAUCAAGUGGCAAUAAGAAGUUUAAAACCGUGAAGCAUACACCGAUGCUUUUAGAUAUCGCUGGUAAUGAUGAUGAUGCAGAUAGAGAUCCACUUCCUGAUGUUGAUGGAGUUGAACUACGUCCACAGAAUGAUGAUGAUUCAGAUGAGGAGGAUGAUGACGACGCGGAUGGCGAUGGAAAUGAAUUGAAAGAUGUCACUUCAAUACGCAAUAAAUUUAAACAGUCAUGUUCCGUUGAGCCGAUGGUUCCGAAGAACAAUUCUGACAGUUAA